AUGUACCGCCGCGGCGAUCCACGCUGGAACCGCACCAUCCAGCACAUCUCGGAGAACAUCGAGCACGCCAACGAGGCCGCGCAGGAGAACAUCUACGGCUUCACCCAGAGCUAUGUCAACCCGUGCUGCGCCUCCCUCACCGCCUGCUGCAACGCCCUCACCGCCCCGUGCUUCCCGUCGUCGGACGACCGCCGCCGACACCGCGGGCGGUCGCGCGGCCGCGCCGAGCUGAGCUUCGACUUCUACGACGACUGGGACGACGAUGAGACCGACGGCCUGCUCGGCGGCUGGGGCAACGACAACCUCGGCCGCUUCCUGGGCUCCGCGGCCACCUACGGCGCGACACAGCAGCCCGGCCGCCAGCGCGCCAUGAGCUACGGCCCGCGCGCCCGUGACCCGCGCUUCGCCGCCAGCAGGCGCAAGAGCACCGCCCCGGCCCGCGAGGGCCCGGAUCCGACCGUCAUCCCCGCGUCCUCGUACUUCGGCUUCCUCGGCCGCCUGCCCUUCAACCUCGGCAGCAAGGGCCUGCGCUACAAGCCCAGCGCCGCCGACCUCACCGAGCGCCCCGCCGCCUGGCGCCGCAGCGCCGAGGAGACGCAGCCGCUCGUCGAGGACAGCGACGAGGACCACGCGCGCGACUACAAGGCGCACCGCCGCGCGCGCAGCGACACGCACACGAGCGGCCACACCACCGACUCGUUCUCGUCCCGCGGCGACAUCUUCCCGUCCGGCGACGAGCUCGACGACGCGGUGCCGCUGGACGACGAGUUCACGAUUGCGCUGGAGCGCCGCACGACGGGGCAGUGGGACGACAGCGCCAAGAGCACCGGCAGCGGGAGGAACACGCGCAGCAACAGCAAGCCACCGAGCAGCGUCAUCGAAGAGCCCGACGUGCCCACGCUGGACGAGCUGGGGCGCGAAGAAGACGGGCUCCGGCGCGAAGAAGACGCCGACGUCGAGCGGAAGCGUGCACACGCUCACCACCUGGCCAUCCAGCGCGGUCUGGCGCCCAGCGAGUCCCCAGCAAGCGAGCAUCUCAACGCGCCAGAGGACGUCGUUCCGUUGCCCAACUUCGGCGGGCCAGCGACGCCUGAUCGUCCUGUCUCGCCGGCUGACGAACGCCCGGUCACAGCAGUGCGGAUAGAAGCCACCGACGCCUUCGUCCCGGCGCGGCUACCGCACUUUGGCUGA